UAAUGUAUAUUGACACUAGAAUUAUAAUCUCUUAAUCACUUUUAUAAUUUGAAUGCAAUAUAAUAUGUUAUCUACUUAAUAAAGUUAUCACACUAGAAUAAUAUUAUACUUACCAGGAUAUAUUGACUAAACUUAGAAAGAAAAUAUAUACAUAUUCCAUAAUCAACCAUCAAAAAGUUUAGUACUCUUUUAAGAAAAGAAAAAAAAAAAAAGUUUAGUACUCUUUUUUAAAUUUGUCAACUUUAUAUGUCCCUUGUCUGAAUGAAAGGAUCAUUCAACGCAUUUCUUCUUCUUCUUCCUCCUUGUCGUCGAAGUCAAUGAUGGCACAUUAACUUGCAAAGUCUCAAGCUUUGUACAUUACUUUAAAAGAAGUUUCGCCAAGAACAUGGAUUCUUCAGUUCCCAGUUCUUGCACUUGAGUGCCUAAAAAAAAGUAUGUUUUUUAUCUGUUUUGAUGAUCCCAGUUCAUUCUUAAAGAACUUGCUCUGUCUUAGUUAUGGGUUUUGAGAUUCUUGAAAUUAGAUUGUUUAAAUUUGUGAACUUUCUCCUUCUUAAUCUGAACAAAACAUGUGUUAAGUAACUAUGUUUGGUUUCUAACUUAAUCCAAAAUCAAGCUUAACUAAUUUUAUUAAGAAUUAAUUUAAGAUGACCGUUUCACACAUAGUUCGUCACGUUUCAUGUCACACAAAAGCAAUUGACCAUCGUGUCUCCGACUUCCUUCCUUCAUGUUUCUUGCCUCUUGUAAUCGUAAAUGUCACUCUCAAACAUUCCUUUUAAAAUAUUUGAACAAGCCCUCUCUUCUUGAGAAAUCAAGCUACUAUUGUUUUGCUUUGUAUCUGAUAUAUCUGACUUCUCUAAUGUGUCUUCUUUUAAGGCUCAAGAUGAGUGUAAACCGGCCAUACUGGCUCAAAAAUGCAUCUAACCUCAGACUGGUGAUCUUGGUUCUGUGGUUGGUUUGUUAUGUUGGUUAUGGUCAAUUUGAGGACACACAUGACUUCAACAAUCCGGCUGCUCUUCCCCUCUUUACACAGAUGGUGUACCGUAAGCUCUCCAACAGCACUGCUUCACUUAGCCACGAGCUAGCUACAAGAGCCAAGUUUUGCGUCAAAGACCCGGAUGCUGAUUGGAACAGAGCUUUUAAUUUCUCCACCAACUUGGAUUUCUUGUCUUCUUGCAUUAAGCAAACCCAAGGUGAUAUUGGUAGGCGUAUCUGCACAGCAGCAGAGAUGAAGUUCUAUUUAAAUGCUUUCUUUUUUAAAUCAAGUAACCCUGGUUACUUGCAACAAAAUGGGAACUGCAACUUGACUUCAUGGGUCUCUGGUUGUGAACCUGGUUGGGCCUGCAGCAUCGAUCCAACAGAACAAGUUGAUCUACAAAACUCUACAGAUUUUCCAGAAAGAACAAGAAACUGUAUGUCUUGUUGUGAAGGCUUCUUCUGCCCCAGGGGACUCGCCUGUAUGAUACCUUGUCCUCUUGGUGCCCAUUGCCCUUUAGCUACACUUAAUAAGAGAACAAGCUUAUGCGAACCGUAUACUUAUCAGUUACCAACAGUACGACCAAACCACACUUGUGGAGGUGCAAACGUAUGGGCUGAUAUCAGAAGCAGCGGUGAAGUGUUCUGUUCUGCAGGAUCAUAUUGUCCAACGACCACUCGAAAAGUAGCGUGUGAUAGUGGGAACUACUGUCGUAUGGGGUCUACAUCUGAGAAACCUUGCUUUAAGUUAACUUCUUGCAAUCCCAACACAGCAAAUCAGAACAUGCAUGCAUUUGGGGUUAUGGUUAUUUUUGGUGUGAUUACCAUUCUACUCAUUAUAUACAACUGUUCUGAUCAAAUCCUGACAACGAGGGAGAAGAGGCAGGCUAAAUCAAGAGAAGCAGCUGUGAAGAAAGCUAAAGCUCAUCAGAGAUGGAAAGUUGCUAGAACUGAGAUACGUGCACAAAUAACUCGGACGUUCUCUGAUGUUAAGGAAACUCACAAGAUCUUGGAUCGUGGGUACUCUUCAGAUGUAGGCAUCUCCAAAUAUUCAAGUCCUGAGAGUUCCUCUGCUGUACAAUCUAGCAAUGAGGUCAAGGAUGAUAAAAUCAAGAAAUCAUCUAGCCAAAUCUUGAAGGAUGCAUAUAGUCAGAUCGAGAAGGAGAAAGCCAUGGAACUAGAGAAUAAAGACCUUACCUUCUCAGGAUUAGUUAACAUGGCUACUUACUCUGAGGUGAGGAAGAGGAGGACUCUCAUGGAGCUUUCUUUCAAAAAUUUAACUCUUACAUUGAAAUCUAAUGGUAAGCAUCUGUUGAGAUGUGUGACUGGCACCAUGAAACCAAGUCGUAUCACAGCUGUGAUGGGUCCAUCAGGAGCAGGAAAGACAAGUCUUCUUUCUUCUUUGGCUGGCAAAGCCGUUGGAUGCAGUUUGAGUGGUUUGAUUCUCAUAAAUGGGAAGCAAGAAUCGAUCCAUUCUUAUAAGAAGAUCAUUGGUUUUGUGCCACAAGAUGAUAUUGUCCAUGGAAACUUGACAGUUGAGGAAAACAUUUGGUUCCAUGCUAAAUGCAGGUUACCUGCAGGACAAUCAAAAGGCGAUAAAGUUCUUGUGGUUGAGAGAGUCAUUGACUCUUUGGGGCUACAAGCUGUGAGGAGUUGUUUAGUUGGUACGGUAGAGAAGAGGGGAAUCUCUGGAGGGCAGAGGAAGCGAGUGAAUGUUGGUUUAGAAAUGGUAAUGGAGCCAUCCAUUUUGUUCUUGGACGAGCCUACUUCUGGCUUAGAUAGUGCCUCAUCACAGCUUCUUCUAAAAGCACUCAGACAUGAAGCUCUUGAAGGAGUCAAUGUCUGCAUGGUUGUUCACCAACCAAGUUACGCUUUGUUCAGAAUGUUCCAAGAUCUAGUACUUCUAGCUAAAGGUGGCCUUACUGUUUACCACGGACCAGUCAAGGAGGUCGAGGAAUACUUCUCAGGUCUUGGAAUAAUUGUACCAGAACGUAUCAACCCUCCUGACUAUUACAUAGAUGUUUUGGAAGGAAUUGUGACUGAUUUGAACUCUGAUGUUGGCUACAAAGAGCUUCCUCAAAGGUGGAUGAUUCACAAAGGGUACUCGGUUCCAUUAGAUAUGCAGAACAACAACAGUGCCAAGGACCUUGUAAUGAAUCCAGACGCUGUAAACAAUACGAACUGCAAUGCAGAACAAACAUUUGUCAGAGAGCUGUGGGGAGAUGUGAAUAGUAAUUUCAGAAUGCAUAGUGAUAAGAUAUGGCAUAACUUCUUACAGUCCAGAGAUUUGUCCUGCAGAAGAAACCCUUCUAUCUGGCUACAAUACAAAUACUUCCUUGGAAGGAUAGCUAAGCAGCGAAUGAGAGAAGCUAAGUUACAAGCCACAGACUAUUUGAUUUUAUUGCUAGCUGGUGCUUGUUUAGGAUCACUUAUUAAAGCAAGUGAUGAGAGCUUUGGAGCACCUGGUUAUACCUACACUAUUAUCGCCGUUUCUCUUCUGUGUAAAAUAGCAGCUUUAAGAUCAUUCUCAUUAGACAAGUUACAUUACUGGAGAGAAAGUGCUUCAGGGAUGAGUAGCUUGGCUUGUUUUCUUGCCAAAGAUACAAUAGACUGUUUCAAUACACUUGUCAAGCCAUUGGUUUAUCUCUCCAUGUUCUACUUCUUCACUAACCCGAGAUCGACGUUUUUCGAUAACUAUAUUGUCUUGGUCUGCCUUGUAUAUUGUGUGACUGGUAUUGCAUAUGCAUUGGCCAUCUUCCUCCAACCUGGUUCUGCUCAGCUGGUUUCUGUUCUGCUUCCAGUAGUUCUAACACUUGUCGCAACUCAACCUAAGAAUAGUGAGGCUAUGAAGAUCAUAGCUGAUCUAUGUUAUCCAAAGUGGGCUUUGGAGGCAUUUGUGAUUGGAAAUGCUGAAAAGUACUAUGGAGUAUGGAUGAUCACUCGAUGUGGAUCGCUUAUGAAGAGUGGCUACGACAUUAAUAAGUGGAAUCUAUGUAUAAUGAUAUUGCUUCUCAUUGGGGUGGUCACUCGUAAUAUUGCCUUUGUAGGGAUGCUUAUACUUCAAAAGAAAUGAAGAGAAGGUCUUUACAUAACGGUUGAUAUCUGCUUUUAGUUCUCAGGGCUCUGAGGCUUGGAAGAAGGAGAAGAGUUUAAUGGUUCUGCGUUUGGUUAGUUGGUUACAUUCGAGGACCAAGUUAUAUAUAUAGCUUUCUUAAUUGUGUUAUUUUCAUCUUAGUUCAUUGUCUUAUUAUUAGAGUUACAGACUUUGUUCAGGUGAUCUUUUGGUGAUUUCGAUGUUGGUGUUUAUACAAAAAAAAAGAGAGAGAAAGUGUUGCAUAAGCUGAUCUAUAACAGCAACUCCAACACAAACCUUAUUUUGAGUCUGGAUGAUUUUCAAAAUGAGGGUUUGAAAAUGGGUUGUUCCAGCAAGUAACCUCAAACAUAUUUUCAAAAUUUUACAUACCACAUUUUAAUCAUCAGUCUUCAUAAUAAUUAAUUACAGGCACUGAACUUUUAUAAAUAAACAAAUAAUAAAUAUGCAAUAAAAUGGAUACUUUGGUUUUACCAAAUGUUUGUAAGAAUAAAUCUUUUGGAAAGUGCAUAUUUUAGAAAAAAAGUUACAAAAUGAUUAAGUUAUAUAUAUAUACAUAACAUUACUAUUUUAUAUCAUUUAAUUUUAAUUUUAACAUUUUUAUGUAUUUUAUGUAUCAAUAAUAACAUAUAUGCAAAAUAUAUUUGAAUAUUUAGUCCAAAUAUAUUUAUUAAAAUUAAAGUGAUAAGAAAACUAAUAUUAAUAUAGUUAUAUGUAAGUUACAAAACUAUAGACCGGAAAUAAAAGUAAAUAGUAUUUUGAGGUAUGUUGGAGAUGUUCUGAACCCUCUUAAAAUCUUGGCUUGGUUUUUUAGAUUUUGGCGUUGAAGUGAACUAAAACAAAAUAAAGGAAAAACAUCUCCAAGAGUAGAAAUCAUAAAGCAGUGGACAAUUGAUCGGAGAUGAGAACACGAUCAGUAUGAUCAUUGUUGUGAAAAAUUUGAAUGAAAAGAUCAAUCACGUUGCAUAGAAAAAGCAAAAAUAAUGAUCAUCAAUUACUAUGCAUAGAAAAAGGCAAAACAUCGUGAGAAAAUACAUGCAGGGAAGGAAAGUCAUAUCGAUUCGAACAAAGCAGCAGAUGAAAAAGAUAUAGCUCUAAUACCAUAUUAUCUUUUGCAAAAUAAAUGUUUUCAAUCGUACCUAAACAGAAAAUCAAACCAACCAAUAAUCCUAAAAGAUUCUAUUCACUUGGCAACUCGAAACGACACACUGGACAAAGAAUAUUGAUCUCAAAACCACUUCACAAUACAUUCGUCGUCAAAGUCAUGUCCACAAGGUAAAGUCAUAACUGUUGAUCCGUUGCUAAACUCUUGCAAACAGAUUGUGCAUCCUUCCACGUCAAUCUUAUUAUUUUCUUCCUUUUCAGUUUUGGUCAUAUAUGUUCUCCUGGUUAGGGAUUCGACCACGAGCUUACUAGCAGGUCGUGGCGUAAUAUUACUAGUCUCAUCAAACGAAAGUUGAGCCGCUUCUAACAUUUGAGCAUCAUCAUCAUCAUCCAACUCGAACCACACUUCCAAAGCAUACCCAAAUGUGCAACAAAUUACUUCUUCAAUAAGGUAAUACAUGCGUUCCCUCAAAUAAUCGAGAUCGUCGUCGUUGAUUCUUAUUCCUGAUUCAUCUAUCAAGAAAUAUUCUAAACUCUCGUGCGCACAAUCGAUGAAUUCUUGGUCAACCCGAUCGGUCUUGUAUGUUAAGAUAUCGUCUCCACGUAAGACUAUUACAAUGAUUCCUGAAGGUAUUGUCAUGAGCAUGGUAAUUGAUUUUGUGGUACAACUUAGCUAAUUUCAUUGGUGAAAACGAUGAUCAACAAAACAAAACAAAAAUAAUCAAAUUGAUACACUUUGAUUUUCUUUUUUUUUUCUUUUUUUUUCCUGGUUGUAUGAAGAUCAAAACGAUGAUUAUUGGUUUAGGAGUUCUUGAAUAAAAGCUCUUUAUAUAUAAGUAACUUCCUAUCAGUGUUGAUCAAAACAAAAAAAAAACUUCCUAUCAGUGUAUGACUUCGAAUAGUAUUAGGAUUUGAAAUUACAAUCUGUUACGGGAAUUCUUGUUUUUCCUUUUUUUAGUAUUACUUCUUUUUAACUAAUCAAUUUUUUUUAUCUAAUUAAAAGUAAGGAUAAAUAAAUUAUUAAAUUGCAUUUAAUAGUAUCCCCUAUAUAUUAAUUGAGAAGCAUUUGAAAAAUUAGAACCUUAAUUUUGUAUUAAUUAAAAAAAAAA